AUGUGUCAACUGAGAGAAGUGGUUCAAGAAAAAGAGAGCGGCUUAGAUUCAUUAGUUGUGGAAGAUGGAUCGAACUGGAGCAUGGGACAGAGACAGCUGUUCUGUUUAGGCAGAGCAGUUUUGAGAAGAAGCAGAGUAUUGGUCCUUGAUGAAGCAACGGCGUCGAUAGACAAUGCCACAGAUUUGAUACUUCAGAAAACAAUUCGGCGAGAAUUUGCGGAUUGCACCGUCAUAACCGUCGCUCACCGUAUCCCCACCGUCAUGGAUUGUACAAUGGUUCUCUCCAUCAGCGACGGACGAAUUGUGGAGUAUGAUGAGCCGAUGAAAUUGAUGAAGAAGGAAGACUCGUUGUUCGGGAAGCUUGUGAAAGAGUAUUGGUCUCAUUACCACUCCGCUGACUCACGUUGA